AUGUCGUUUUUUCGGAGGAGGAUGCCAUACUCGUUGGGUGCCGACUUGCUGCCGGAAGAAAAAGAGGGGCUUAAACUACGUCUUCGACCGGAGGAGGAAAAUAAACUCACUACGGAUAUGCUGGAAGUAUACAAGAAUUUGCUUCCCUCGGAGGAGAGCGACAGCCGGAGACGGAGACUUGUCCGCAAGCUGGAGGAUCUCUUCAACCAACAGUGGCCUGGAUGUGAGAUCAAGGUUCGCGUUUUUGGAUCAUCCGGGAAUAAAUUAUGCUCGAGCGACUCGGAUGUUGACAUCUGCAUCACCACUACUUGCAAGGAACUAGAACAUGUGUGCCUGCUAGCAGAUGUUCUUGCCAAAAAUGGGAUGGAGCGAGUCGUUUGUAUCUCCCAUGCAAAGGUUCCGAUCGUGAAAAUAUGGGAUCCCGAGCUACGCCUGGCUUGCGAUAUGAAUGUUAACAAUACAUUGGCGUUGGAGAACACACGGAUGGUCCGAACUUAUGUGGAGAUUGAUGAACGAGUACGACCCUUGGCGAUGAUUGUCAAGCAUUGGACAAAGCGCAGGAUACUUAACGACGCUGGUCUCGGUGGCACGUUGAGUUCCUACACGUGGAUUUGUUUGAUCAUCAAUUUCCUCCAAACUCGAGAUCCUCCGAUUCUACCUAGCCUCCAGACUCGACCACAUAAGAAGAGACUGACUGCCGACGGAUUGGUCUGUUCGUUUGACGAUGAUUUGGAUGCCUUGGUGGGAUACGGAAACCAAAAUAAACAGUCGCUAGGGGAACUUUUCUUCCAAUUUUUCCGCUACUAUGGCCACGAACUAGAUUACGAGAAAUACGUCAUCUCGGUGCGGGAGGGAAGAUUAAUAUCCAAGGAGGGCAAGGGCUGGCACCUUUUGCAAAAUAAUCGCCUUUGUGUCGAGGAGCCUUUCAACACGAUACGAAAUUUGGGAAACACCGCUGAUGAUACAUCAUUCAGAGGUGUUCACAUGGAGCUGCGCAGGGCAUUCAAGUGCCUUUCAGAUGGUAGCUUUGAGGAUUGCUGUCAGAAAUACGAGUACCCCCCUGAGACCGAGCGCUCAUGGGAGAGGCCACCCCCCCAGCCACGGCCAGUUGUGACUGCUCCACCACCGAGUUCCUCUCGGGGUGGUCGCGGCGGUGGUCGCGGCGGGCGACACCAGAAUCAAUACAAUCGUGGUGGACAUAGUGGUGGCCGUCGAAGUUCUAACACUGGCAACAAGAAUCAUUUUCGCCAGCCCAACGGUGGAAUCAGUGCGUCGGAACUCUCUCUUCAAGCACAGCAUGCCCAGUAUCUGCUCCACGACCACCUGUAUCAGCAGAUACAGAUUCUUCAAGCGCAAGAGCAAGAGCUGCGAUUGCAGUUGCAAAAUCAGGCGUUGCUUACGGGACGGCCACCGCCUGUGCUUAUUCGUCAGCCCUUCAUCCAAUUUCCAGUCCCCGCCCAGGAGACUUCUGGCGAUGACGGCUCGCGGUCAAGAUCCGGUUCACGGUCCAGUACAGUAAACCAGCAGCAGCCUAUCAGCGUACCGGGCCGACAAAACGUGUAUUAUAACUCCGCCUAUCUACCAGUUACAGUUCCUGGAGGACCAGGAAGCAGUACAAACCCGCCAUCGCCUUCCGCUACUGCCACAAUACCUGACCUUCGCCGUAGCCCACGUCGAUCCUCGGUUGCCAACGGCUCUCCCGGAGGUUCUACGAGAGCUCAAUCCCAGCCCGCCCGUCCUGUCAAUUCCCUUCCAAGCUUCGCUCCCUUAUAUUCGAUCUCCCAAUCAACAAACAAUUCUCAAUCUUCGAAGCAGCGAAACACUCCCGGUUCCCCCGAUGACUCGCAAAGUGAAGAUGGUGCAUCUAUGUCCAAUAGUCUGCCAAACCGCACGUUAUUCAUGGAAGACGGUCGGUCGAAUGAUCAUAUGGGAUACUACCUAGGCAGCUCGCCACAACUCCAUGCCUACCACCAAAACGCUAUGCUCUCGCCCUUGCCAUCUUCCCUCGGGCUAGCAUUGCCUAACGGUAGCAUUAUACCCUUCUAUGGAAACCCACAAGAGUACAUGUCGGCUGCUACCGGAGGUGAAGCCUAUGGCCAGUCGUUUGACAAUGGGUCUCUUUCAUCUCCCAAAUCUGGCCAAGGGCAGCAAAGGACGGGCGCGCGAACGGCUGCCUCGAGCGAUCGUGGUGGCCCAUUAAUUGUGGAUGGGUCGGUGCCGCCAAGUGAGCAACGAAUUUCGAUUCCGGCUGAAAACUAUGACCCCUAUGGCCUGAUGUCCCACUGUCAAUCAAAUUCUGAUGACCAGAAUACCGAUACCCCUGCUAGUGUGUCGGACUCGUUCUCUCAGGAUUUCCAGGACAGUAGCUCGGUAGAAAUUGACUCGAAUCCAUUCUUCAGCCGCCAGGCGGUGGACUCAAAUACAAUGAGUACCUCCCCGGACGUUUUCCAUAAUGGGCAAAGUGGCAAGCCUGGCUUACUCUCAAGCCGACUCCAGGGUCUCCACGUUUCAAAUGGCGAGAAGUUUGCUGAAUCACCAUCAAAGCCCGCGCAGGAAAAAUCGAAAGAGUCCCAAUCACACCGUGAUUUUGCCGAAAGAGAAGCUCCACGCCAGAAGAGUGCCAAUACGGCUGAUAAAGGCCAAUCAUUUUCAAGCUUUGCGAUGGCUACAGAGUCUCACACGGCGUCGCCUAAUGGUAAGCGUCGACACCAUGGCUCUGAUCUGCCAGAGAAGACAAACGGGUUCACUCAUAAGGGUAAACCUAAAAACCGCUCAGAUAUGCCGCAAUCACAAAACACUGGCGCAGGCGAUCAAAAGGAACGGACUGGCGGUGCCUCACGAAAAUCGAAUGGUGUUGUCUCAGCUGCCCAGGACCCCAGUUUCGCCCACCCCAAUACUGCCUGGCAGACAACUAAAAGAAAGAACAAAAAGAACAACAAAUUUAACUCGGAUAACCGACAUGGGAUACACAACGGUGUGGAGCCUCUUCCGGUGGAUGAGUCUAUGAGGAAGGGCGGUUAA